CCCUUAACGCGCUCUCCUGUACAGGCUCCCUCCGUGCCGUGACGGCAGGCCUGGUGUCCGGGUAAUCCCCUUGCAGAGUUGGGAGGAGUCGGCUGUUCCUGCGUCCCUCGUCCUCUGAGACAAGAGCCAGCAUGUCGCGGGUCACUAAGCGGAAACACGUGGUGAAGGAGGUGCUGGGGGAGCACGUGGUGCCAUCGGAGCAGCAGCAGAUCGUUAAGGUUCUCCGGACUCCGGGGAACAACCUGCACGAGGUGGAGACGGCUCAGGGGCAGCGCUUCCUGGUGAGCAUGCCCUCCAAGUUCCGCAAGAAUAUCUGGAUCAAGAGAGGCGACUUCCUCAUCGUGGACCCCAUCAAAGAAGGACAGAAGGUCAAGGCCGAGAUCUGCUUUGUGCUUUGCAAGGACCAUGUGCGCUCGUUGCAGGAGGAGGGGCUAUGGCCUGAGGCCUUCUCGGAGGUGGCUGAGAAACACGACAGCAACAGGAGCAGACAGAGUCAGCCAGAGCUCCUUGCUGAAGCCCCGUGCUCAGUGGAGUCCAGCUCGGAGGACGACUCCGACCUCUUCGUCAACACCAACCGCAGGCAGCAUUACGAGAGCGAGGAGGAGAGUGAAGACGAGGAGGCAGCCUGAGGAGCGGGGCCGCUGCCGUUCCCUCAAGGACUCGUCACGGCUCCCCCAGAUGCGGACAUUUUGGGGUGCCCUGCAUAGGAGCGAGGCAGGACCACUCAGAGCCGCUUCUCUGAUACAAGAAUUAACCCUCUGUUGGGUAGGGUGGUCCUAGAAGCUGAGUCGCCAUCUGGGGAGGGACCCUCAGAUCACUGGACACACAAGAAAUGGGAGCUGGCCGCAG